UGUGGGCUACGGCAGCAGGGUUGACUGCGGGGCUGGGGCCUGCUUUUCGUGAAUGCCUUAAAAAUAACAAUAUGACAGGGAUGGACUAAGGACAUAGAGAUAAGAGUACUCAGUUUCCUUUGUAUGCAGCAAAGUGAUGGCUCAGUUCACGGAGGAAACUUUUAGACUUUACUGCUCCUUAUCUUAGCAGAGAAAAGCUCUCAUCUUGCUUCGCCAGCUCUCUUCGGCUGCGUUCAGAUGCUGAAGCACUGGGCAGUGCGUUGCUGUUUGGACACGCGCCCUGGCUUUUGCACCCACAGGCUGCAGAAGAAAAAGCGUGUCUCUGUGAUCUAAUCGGUCCCAAGCCAAGCGCUAGCUGAGGGCCUCCCCUUUUGAAAAUGAAGAGCACCCGUAGCAGUUCCUCGUUCCAAGGUGUCAGUUCUGACAGCGUGGACUUGAGCCUAACAGGCCUCCCUGUGCAGGUUACACGGCGCCCGAGCAGCGCGUCUCCUGCCAAGCACAUGGCCCGCUCCAUCUCAGUCAUCACUGACAGCAAACCAAAGAAGAAUGCUCUGGAAGAUGCGGGAUCCCGGGCAAUUAACAACCUCCGGAGAUCCAAUAGCACCACCCAAGUUAACCAGCGGGUGAACAGAACGCUCAGCCCAGAGCAGACAGGAGACUUCCUGACCUUCUUUGACAGCAGUUCUGGUGGAAGAAAGAAACUGGCGAGUCUGAGCAAAGCCUCCCCAGAGAAAAAAUCGACAUGGAACAUCUUGGAUGAUCAACCACGAGCGUUCCCUGGCUCAUCCGGCACACAUGGCUCCGGCACCCUUGAGCCACCGGCAGGCAUGAGGAAAAAAGAAGCCACUGUGCUCCUGGCAGCCAAUUUCACUGCCAACAACAGGAGCAACAAGGGCGCGAUGGGCAACUGCGUCACCACCAUGGUGCACAACAACUACUCCACCACUGAUAAGGGGCCUGCACCCAAAAGCUCCAACCAAGCACCGAGCUCCCUCAACAAUGUUAUCAAAGCAGCCUCAAAUGAGGACAACGAAAGCAGCAGUUUCAUGAAGUCUCAGAAGAAUUUCUCCAGCAACAACAUCAUGACCCACAACAACAACAGCAGUCUACUCCGGAGGAAGGAGGUGACUGAAGAAGAGGCGGAGAGGUUCAUUCAGCAGGUGAAUGUUGCAGCUGUAACUAUCCAACGCUGGUACCGACACCACUCACAAAGGCACAGGAUGGGAGCAGCUGCUCUGGGGCGCCUGUUGGCUUCCAAAAGAGAGGAAAGGCAGCAGCAGAUGGAGGAGGGGAACAUUCUGGAUUUGCAUGAGAAAAAGGAUGAGGAACGUCGGAAGAUCCGAGAGGAGAAAGCACGCCUGGCCCGACGUGCUGCUGUCCAGGAGCUGCAACAGAAAAGGGCCCAAAAGGCUUCUGACGCAAAGCGCUUGGCAGAAGAAGAGCUUGCACUGAUGAAGGAGAGCAGAAGGGCCGCAAAGAAAAAGCCUGCCAAACCUGCUUCUGCAAAGAAUGUCAGUCCAGCCAACAGUGUCAUCAAAGCCAAUAAUGCUGAUGCCAAUUUCCACUCAGUUACUGCAGAGCCAGAAGAAAGCACCGUCGCAGACCUCAGCUCCAUGCCUUCACAGGAUCACGGGGCAGAGGACAAGUUGCAGGAUGUGAGCUCCAGAGAGACAGGCAGAGAGGAUCUGGAGAUGGUGGUUACUGCUGCCAGCAGGGCUCAGUCCAAAGUCACUCUCAAUGAGCUGCUGGACACCCUCAGGCUGCUGGAGGAAGAGCCAGAGCUGCUGCCCCAGCCGAAACUCUUCAAGAAGGACAAAUAUGCCUGGAUAGAUGGGGAGCCGGACUCCAAUUCCCUGACUGCUGAUAACUUGGAGAAGUUUGGGAAGUUGAACCAUUCGCCUGGGGUCCCUGAGGAUGGAGCCCUGCUCUCAGAGGCCAAACUCCAAAGCAUCAUCAGCUUCCUGGACGAGAUGGAGAAGUCUGAACAGGAGAGGCCCAGAUCUGCUGCUUCGGUGACGCAGCGGGAGGGACUCCUCUCUGAAGAGGAGCUGGCUCACUUGGAGCAGGCAUCAGUUGUUGCCACGGAAGUCACCAGCUCCAUUAUGAGGCUGAAGCUGGAAGUGGAGGAGAAGAAGCGAGCUGUCAGCCUGCUGCAAACAGCACUGGCUCAGCAGAGGGAACUGACUGUUCGGCACGUCAAACAGACCGAGAAGGAGCUCAGCCACCAGCUCAGGCUGCAGAGAGAACAGUAUGAGGCCGCUAUCCAGCGGCACCUGGCCUUCAUCGACAAGCUCAUUGAUGAUAAGAAGGUGCUGAGUGAGAAGUGUGAGGCCGUGGUAGCUGAGCUGAAACAAGUAGACCAGAAAUACAGCAAGAAGAUCGCCCAGAUGCAGGAGGAGCAUGAGCUGGUCUGGCGCACUUUGGGCCCCUUUUGUGAGGAGAUCAAGAAACUCAAGGAACUGAUGAGUGCAACAGAGAAAAUAAGGCGAGAGAAGUGGAUGGAUGAGAAAACCAAAAAGAUCAAAGAAAUCACUGUGAAAGGGCUGGAGCCAGAGAUCCAGAAACUCAUCGCCAAACACAAGCAGGACAUCAAGAAGCUGAAGAUGCUGCACGAGGCAGAACUGCUGCAAUCUGAUGAGCGGGCAGCCCAGCGCUACUUCCGUCAGGCAGAGGAGCUGCGGGACCUGCUGGAGCGUGAGAAGGAGGAGCAGAGCCAGCGGGAGAGGGAGCUGGCCCGGCAGCGGUGUGAGAAGCACCUGGAGCAGGAGGAGCAGGCGCUGCAGCAGCAGCGACGCCGGCUCUACGCAGAGGUGACAGAGGAGAAGGAGCGGCUCAGCCAGCAAGCGGCAAGGGCAGAAGUGAAGGUGCUGAAGGACCGGCUGGAGAUUGAGAAGCAGGCCUGGGAGGCAAACUACAUGAAGAAGGAGGAAGCCUGGCUGCUCUCCCGGGAGCGGGAGCUGAGGGAGGAGGUGAGGAAGGAGAGAGACAAAGAGAUCGAGUUGGUAAUCCAGCGCCUGGAGGCCGACAUGUCCUCCGCCAAGGAGGAGUGCGAGAGGGCGGCAGAGAACAGGAUUAAGAGGAUCCGAGACAAGUAUGAGGCAGAGGUCCAGGAGCUGGAGCGAUCUGAGCGGAAGCUGCAGGAGCGCUGCAAUGAACUGAAGGGGCGGCAGGCUGAGCUGGAAGGGGAGAGCCUUCGUCUGCAGGGCCUGGUGAAGCACAAGGAGCAGGAGGUGGAAGAGAUAAGGAAGGUGAGGGACCAGCUGGCCCAGGAGCGGAGCAGCCUGGCAGAAGUGAUCCGCCAGGAAUUUGCUGACAGGCUAGUGGGGACAGAGGAGGAGAACAAGCGGCUAAAGGCAGAGAUGGCAGAGAUGAGAGCUCGGCAUCGCCUGGAGCUGGACAGGGUAGUGCGGGAAAAGGAUGAAGAGCUGGAGGAAGUUCACAGGAGGGUGAAGACAGCCAUUGUGAAGAAGGAAGAGAGCGUGAACAGCCUUCGGAAGCAGUAUGAAGUGGCUGUGAAGAGAGCUGACCACCUGGAAGCCCUUCUAGAGCAACAGCGAAAACAGCUGCUGGCUGCCAAAUAAGUGUCCUGCCAUGCAGGGGCUGCCGUUCUGUGGCACGUGGCCAGAUGGGGUGAGGGUGCCCUGGGGAUGCCCACUGGACACGUGCUCUGUGUGAGCUGAUGCCGAUGUAUGCGCAUAGGGGAUGUGUGUGUGCACGGCUGGGCUGGGCUUCCCUCACGUGUGCUGUUGGUGGUUGUUUUUGUUUUUGUUUUGUUUUGUUUUUUUCAUUUACAACCUCUGUGACUUGUGCCUCGGUCCGUGACUCCUGCUAGGGGCACUGAGCAAUGUUCGAGUUUUCUGUGGUCGUAUUUUAACAAUAAAAUUUGUGCUGAUUUCUA